GGGGCAUCUGGCCCCGCGGGUGCACAUCCGGCAACUCAAACGCCAGGUCGCAUCAGGAUGACUUACACGGACGAAAACACAACAUAUAAACUGACCUGGCUCGCGGUUGAUGCUGCCCGUCGCUUUCCUCCUCAACCAAUGUCACCGUUCUGAGUUCUGUCAGACGGCACUCGUUCCUUCCUCAGCCAACUUAGGUACCUAACAAAAACCUGUUUGCUGUCUACUCGUACUGUAGGCAUACCCCGCCCGCUGGCUGCCCCUCUCCCCUGCCCCUCGUCUUUCCUUCCUCCGCCAUGACGCUCCGCGUGGUAAUCCCCCUCGACAAGAACUGGGAGUUCCGGCAGGCCGACAAGGACGACUCCAAAUUCCUACCCGUCAGCCAGUUCCCAACCAAUGUCCACCUCGAUCUUCAGCACCAUGGCCUGAUCCCGGACCCCUACAUAGGCAAGAAUGAACUUGCUGUGCAGUGGGUAGGUGAAGCCCAAUGGACUUACCGGACCACCUUCAGGGCCCAGACGGUGCCCGAGGGUUCCCAGGCAGUCAUUGCGUUCGAUGGCCUCGACACGUUCGCAACGGUUGUGCUCAAUGGCACCACUAUCCUCGAGGCUGACAACAUGUUCCUCCCCGAGCGGGUCAAUGUGACUUCGGUUUUGAAGGAGGUGAACGAGCUCGUUAUCACCUUCGACAGCGCUUACCUCCGGGGGUGCAAGCUGGUCGAGCAGCAUCCGGACCACAAGUGGGGCUGCUGGAACGGCGACGUCUCGCGGCUGGGGGUACGGAAGGCGCAGUAUCACUGGGGCUGGGAUUGGGGUCCAACUCUCAUGACCUGCGGGCCCUGGCGCCCCGUUAAUCUGGAAAUCUACGACUCGCGCCUGACAGACCUCUACGCGGACACGGUCGUUGACAAGUCACUCAGCCGGGCUACCGUCAAGGUUACGGCGGCAGUCGAGCGGAAGGCCAACAAGGUCCGGUUUGACAUCUCGCUGGAUGGCGAGCAGGUCGCAACCGAGACCGCUGAUGUCAGGUCUGCCGACACAGUCACUGUCUCGUUCCUCAUCGACAGCCCCGCCUUGUGGUUCCCCAUCCGUUAUGGUAAGCAGCCCCUCUACGACAUCAAGGCUACGCUGUUAGCCGGAGAUGAGGAGGUCGACACUCUCUCCAAGCGGAUCGGUCUCCGCCGCGCCGAGUUGAUCCAACGCCCCCUUGAGGAGCAGCCAGGGACGAGCUUCUUCUUUGAAGUCAACAACAUCCCCAUUUACUGCGGCGGUAGCGACUGGAUCCCCGCCGACAACUUCAUCCCGCGUAUCAGCCGUCAGCGAUACUUUGACUGGGUCAAGCUAGUUGCUGAGGGCAACCAGUUCAUGAUCCGCGUCUGGGGUGGUGGCAUUUACGAGGAGCAGGCCUUCUACGAUGCCUGCGAUGAGCUCGGCAUCCUCGUGUGGCAGGACUUUAUGUUCGGCUGCGGCAACUACCCGGCGUGGCCGGCGCUACGCGAAUCCAUCAACCGCGAGGCGCGCGAGAACGUCAAGCUGCUGCGCCACCACCCUUCCAUCGUCAUCUGGGCAGGCAACAACGAGGACUAUCAGUACCAGGAGUCCGAAGGCCUCACGUACGACUACGCCAACAAGGAUGCCGAGAGCUGGCUCAAGACCGACUUUCCCGCCCGCUACAUCUACGAGAAGAUACUGGCGGAUGCGUGCGCGGACCUGAUCCCCGGCACCUUCUACCACCCCGGCUCCCCCUGGGGUGCCGGGCUCAACACGCACGACGCCACGGUCGGUGAUAUCCACCAAUGGAACGUGUGGCACGGCACGCAGGAGAAGUGGCAGAACUUCGACAAGCUCGUCGGCCGGUUCGUGUCCGAGUUCGGCAUGGAGGCCUUCCCCUCGGUCAAGACGAUCGACUCGUACCUGCCCCUGGGCAAGGACGACCCGGACCGGUACCCGCAGUCGUCGACGGUGGACUUCCACAACAAGGCCGAGGGCCACGAGCGGCGCAUCGCGCUCUACCUCGUCGAGAACCUGCGGUACGCGCCGGACCCGCUCGAGCAGUUCGUCUACAGCACGCAGCUGAUGCAGGCCGAGUGCCUCGCGUCGGCCUACCGCCUCUGGAAGCGCGAGUGGCGCGGCCCGGGCCGCGAGUACUGCGGCGGCGCCCUCGUCUGGCAGACCAACGACUGCUGGCCCGUCACCAGCUGGAGCAUCGCCGACUACUACCUGCGCCCCAAGCUCGCCUACUUCACAGUCAAGCGCGAGAUGGCCCCCGUCAGCAUCGGCAUCACCCGCCGCACCCACCGCCACCCGCGGGACCGCCAUACCAGGGUCAACAUCGACGUCACCACCCAGAUCGAGGUGUGGGGGAGCAAUCUCAUGGUCGAAGACCUGACGGUGGACUGUGUGCUGAAGGCGUGGGAUGUGGUGAGCGGCGAGGAGACCUUCUCCGAGACGGUGGCGGCCGCGAAGCUGCUGCCGGAGAACAGGUCGACCGAGAUUGCCGCGCUGGAUGUGCCCGUCCGGGAGAAGAAUGUGGAUGAGGAGGCCCGCAUCGUGGUGGCGGCGUACCUGGUCAAGGACGGCAAGCAGAUCGCGCGCUACGUCAACUGGCCCGAGCCGCUCAAGUACGUGCACCUGCAGAAGCCCGCGGCGCUCAAGGCGCAGCUCACGGCGGAUCUGUCGGCCGUCGAGGUCAGCGCCGAGGUGCCGGUCAAGGGCGUGGCGGUGGAGUGUGAGGAUGACGAGGUGAAGUUUGAUGACAAUCUGGUGGAUAUCGUGCCCGGCGAGGUGGUGAGCAUCGGUGUCAGGGGUGCGACCAAGGACACCAAGAUCACGACGCGGUAUAUGGGUAUGCUCUAGAUGUAGAGAGAGGCAGCAGAG